AUGGGCCGGCCCCGGAAGCGGCCCCAUGCCGAGGUUGCGGGGCCUUCCGACCCGGUGGUGGCUGAUGCCGAGGUCCCGAUGGAUGUGGAUUUUCCCUUCCUUGAUCCUACUGCCCAGGGACUGGAGUUUCUUGAUAUAUUAGGCGCUGAGAACGCCUUUUCCGAACCAAUCCACGUCCAGUCGCAGAAGCUGCCGCCACAGUCCAAGGGGGUCUUUGCUGGUUCCUGGCAUUAUGACUUGCAGGAGAUCGACUUUGACACUACCAACUCCCCGCCUGAGGCCAGCCAGUCAUCCGCGCCGUCGACCGCCGUGAGCCCCGACGCGAUCCUCCAAGACUCGUACUCCCCGGCAGGAAAGACUCACAGCCUCUCUUCACGGUCUUCCGUCGCCGCAGAGAAUGCGACCGCCGAUCCGCCGCCACUCGGCAUUGUCAACGCGCAGAAUGCGCUCUGCGGUUGCCUUGCGAGCAUCUACCUUGCCCUGGACUCGCUGCAGCAACUGCCCAAAGAGGUCGGCCCAGCCAUGGGCCUGGCACGAAAUGCUGCCAAGACGGCGCACAACACCAUAUUUUGCCCCGUCUGCUCCCCAGAGAUCACUGACCCCAACCUUCGUCCGCCGGUGCAGAGCUACCAGAAUCUCAUGAUGCUCUGUGCCCUCCUCCCCACCAUCGCCAACACGUACAAUGCCAUCCUCGCCAUGAUUGACGCAGAGGUGGCCAAGGCCGAUGCCGAGAAUCGGUAUCUGACCUUCAACCUAGACGAGUAUGGUGGUCUGUGGGGACGCAUGGCCGGCCUGGACUCUGUCUGCGGUGCUGCUGCCCAUUUCAACAACGCCGUUCUCGAACCCUCCAUGUGGCGGCGGACGGUCAGAGCGCUGCUCAAGAUCGACGUGUACGGAGUCAAUACGCACAAGGACGACUUGACAUCGAGAUACUGCCAGCCGUGCACCCAGAUUGGGUUGAGGGAUAUCUUGGAGCUGUUGGAGGCCAGGUCAAAGACGCGUCAUGAAUUCAUGGAUAACGCCGUACGAACCGGUCAGAUUAAGCUCAACGAUGGCCACUGCUACAAGAUUCUUCCUCCAGGCAGCAAGCACCCUUGCCAACAGAUUAUUGACAUUGCGAGGCAGGCCAUAGACCAGUUGGUUGUGGCCUAG